AUGAAGAAGACUAAUGACCAAGUUUCAAUCCCUACCCAAAAUAGAAGUGGCCAACCAUCAUCUACAAUGUGUCCACCUGUGCCUCAUCCAUCUUGCCCAAGUCACAUGAAUUCUCAUCCUAUAGAGAAUAAUAAUGAGCAACCUCCUCCCCCACCUCACAUGAAUUCAAUGCUUUCAACAUCUAAAUCUAAAUGUUUGAAGAAGAGGUUGUUCUCCACUAGCAAGACCAAUUCUGCACAUGAAUUUGAAUUUGAAUUUAACAAUCAACUGAGAAAUGAGUUUGUGCAUGAUUCUACAUCUAAAUCAACACCAAGGUUACAAUCUGAUAGUGAAGGGGAAGAAAGUGUGGAUAUUGAGAUGCAAAGUAAUCAAUCAAAGCAUGUAUCAUGUAAAAGGUCAUGGCUUGUUGAUGUCAUUGAUGAUGAAGGCACACAAGUUAGAAAACAAUUAACAUUGAAUGAUGUUUGGUUUUUAUCUUCCAAUGAAAGGAUUCUUGUGAAAUGGAAUAGUGACAACCAACCAAUUGAUGAUAGCGGAGCGUUGUUGAAUAGGUUUUUAGGUCGUGUUGCAAGAAAUGUUAAUGCCUUUCCAAUCAGCUAUCAAAGUUGGAGGAAGAUUCCCAAUGAUUACAAAGAAGAUAUACUUAAGAAAACCAUUCAAGCUAAGUUUCUAGUGGAAUUUGAUGCUCAUGUGACAUAUAUAUUCAAAUCACUUAACAUAAAAUGGAGUGAGUAUAGACAACAACUAUGGCAACAAAGAGAUGAUGGAACACGCAAUAGAGAUGAAAUUAUUACAAUGUGUCCAGAAGGAAUGAAUAGAGACCAAUGGGCUUCUUUUGUUGACUACCGUUUAAAUUCAAGGACUAAGGAAAUUGCCCAAAAAAAUAAGGAUAAUAGAAAGAAGCAAACAGUUCCUCACACAGGUGGAUCGAAGAGCAUUGCACGGAAGAAGAAUGAGAUGGAGCAAGAGCUUGGUCGCAAAGUUAGUAGGGGAGAAGUUUGGAUAGCAACACAUAAACAUGCUAAUGGGGAAUUUGUGAAUGAUGGAGCAAGAGAGAUUGGAGAAAAAAUUAAAGCAUAUGAGACAAAUACAUCUUCCCUUUCACAAGAUAUAUCAAUUGAAGAUUCACUAGCUCAUGUUCUAGGAAGUAAAGAACAUUGUGGUCGUGUCCGAGGAAUGGGAUUGGGACCUUGCCCUUCUCGUGUGUUUGGAUAUACUAGGAAUUUUCAUUUUGGGAGAUCCUCAUCUUGUCCUUCUUAUUUAGAAUUGCAAAAUCAGGUUAUUGAUUUGGAUUGUCAUGUGUAG